AUGGACCAGACGGGGCGAGUCCUCGCCGUGGCCAACCAGCUAUACGCCAGAGCCGACGAGACGAACACCUCCGACCCCGAUAAGCCGGCUCGCCCCCCUGCCUUCAAGGCCAUCGGCAUAUCGCUCGCCGUCGCUUCCGGAUGCUUCAUCGGCAUCUCGUUUGUGAUGAAGAAGGUCGGCCUGCUCAGGGCGAACGAGAAGUACAACGAGGUCGCCGGCGAGGGUUAUGGCUAUCUUAAAAAUGCCUACUGGUGGGGCGGCAUGACCCUCAUGAUCAUCGGCGAGAUCUGCAAUUUUGUCGCCUACUCCUUCACCGACGCCAUCCUGGUCACGUCCCUGGGCGCGCUCUCCGUCGUCAUCACCGCCAUACUCUCCGCCAUCUUCCUGAAGGAGAGGCUCAGCAUGGUCGGCAAGGUCGCCUGCUUCCUCUGCAUAAUCGGGUCCGUCAUCAUCGUCCUCAACGCCCCCUCCGAAUCGUCCGUGGCCAACAUCCAGGAGCUGCAGAAGUUCGUCGUCACUCCGGCGUUCCUCUCUUACAUGGGUGUCGUUCUCAUCGGGUCCGCAUUCGUCGCUUUCUGGGUUGGGCCGCGGUACGGCAAGAAGAACAUGUUUCCUUACCUCUCCGUCUGCAGCUGGAUCGGAGGCCUGAGUGUCGUUGCUACGCAGGGCCUCGGCGCCUCCAUUGUCACCCAGAUCGGGGGCACGCCCCAAUUCAACCAAUGGUUUCUCUAUGUUGUCCUCGUUUUCGUUAUAGCGACCCUGUUGACAGAGAUCAUUUACUUGAACAAAGCUCUUAAUCUCUUUAAUGCUGCCAUGGUCACGCCAACAUACUACGUGUAUUUUACGAGCACGACGAUGAUCACUUCGGCCAUCCUUUUCCAGGGGUUCAAGGGAACGCCGAUGCAGAUUGUCACGGUGGUCAUGGGAUUCCUCACCAUCUGUGCGGGCGUCGUCCUGUUGCAGCUGUCCAAAUCCGCCAAAGACGUGCCGGAUGCCGCCGUCUUUUCCGGAGACCUCGACCAGAUUCAUACCAUCGCCGAGCAAGAGCAGCCCGAGACGGAACCGAAAGCCGACGCCAUCCGUGGCACCGCUGCUAUUGUGCGCCGAAUCUCCAUGGCACGACAGAAGAUGGAACAGGAAGAAUUCCGCCGGCUUCGCGAAGAAAAGGAGUCGGAGCGCCUCGAGCCGGUCAGCGAGGACGGCCAGCCACUUUACGAAUGGGAUGGGUUGCGGCGGAGGAGGACGACCAUAGGUAGCCACAGGAGUCGGCCGACGACGACGUCAAGCGCCGCCACCACCCCGGCGCAUCCGCCCCUAGGGAGAACGAGAUUCCUGACCGAAGAGGAGCUAGCCGAAGAACGUCAGCGCCAGAUGUCUCCCAGCAUGCUAUCGAGCAUCGCCGGUACGAUUCGGAGCCGAACGAGAAGUGUCCUCCCGGGGCAUCCUAGCUUUCGCCAAGGGGACCCCGACCUCCGGGUGCAGAGUCCGAUACACCCAGUCCAGCUGACCAGCAUCGCCGUCCCGAGCCACAAGUACGGGGGCGAGGCUAGUCCCUACGGAACCAGUCACGAACACGUGUACGGACUUCCGGACGACCUACGGAAGACCGAAUACAGCAGCGCCGACAGCUUAGCCUCGGGCAGUACCGCACGGCAAAUCCAUUUCUUCGACCCGCCGAGGCCGGAUACCGGCGUCUCCUCCCUAGCGCCGCCAACGCCGCCACCCCACACGGAGGGUCCCUCGGCACGUCGGCAAUUCUCGUUUCAAAACGUGUUCCGCCGCCACCAGGCCGAUGGCGUCGCGCUACACGAACAUGGCCAGGCUCUCGCACAGCCCCCGUUGUUAUCCUCAUCAUCGCGACGACCACCAUCCCACCAAAGGCUCGGGUCACGGGGCUACCUGGAGCGGCAGGCGCAGGCGAAGAACGCGACGGAAGAAGAGCGGUUAGGUCUCGUUAGGGACGAUUCCCAGACGACGACGGCGGCGGCGGCGACGACAACGGUGGCGGACCGGUACGACGAUUCGGAGGAUAGCGACGACGACGACGGCGAGGCAUAUACCGACGACAAGAGGGUGGAGGCUCGGUACGGUAGGGGCAUCACGAACAGCCCGCCCUCGAGAAGUGACUUUGACAAGGAGACUGGGUACGAGGACUACCGGACGAGGGACCGGCGGAGAUAUGACGAGAGCGGCAGCGGCAGCAGAGUCGCGACCCCGCGGGCCUCGCCGCCUCGACCACCACCGGGCCGGAGUCCACCCCGCGGUGGGGGCGGGGCUUAUGUCUGA